AUGUCGUUCGGGGCCCUCUAUCCUUCUCGACGUUGUCUGGUGAUUGCGGCCAUACCGCCGUCCCGCCUCGCCCCCGAAUCAUUUGCCACCGACGUUUCACCCGACGAUGCACCUGGCUCCACUGCCGAGCGUGAUUACUGUCCUGUCCACGUCAGAGCUUCGCAGCUUGGCCAUCCGUCGGUCCACCAGGGCUGCUCACCAUUCACGCCAAAUGGUAGAGCGCGAGAGGAACGUCUAUCGUGCGGGCUCUCCGACCCCAAGUCGGCGGCGGGGCGCGAACCCGAAGCGACGGCCUCCGCCUCCGCCUCGCGCGCGCACCUCAGCGGUUCACACUCUCUUUUCCCGGUCAAGUCCGAGAGGCUGGCUUCCUCCACCAGCUCCGACUCUGACGCUUUGCCUCUGCUCGUCGAGGCGGCCACCUCCGGUGAACGCAAUGGCAUUGGCGGCAUGGCUGGGAGCUACUCCGGGGAGCUCGGGCUAUUCUCUAACAGGAGCAGCGAGAUGGAUUCUGACCUCUUGUCCCAGGCGCGGUCUGGGACACGGGGCUCUCUGCGAAGCCGCAGCCGGCACCGGAGCCUGACACAGAAGUUCGCACCGAGGACGUUCAAGGACGUCGUCGGGCAGAGCUUGGUGGUGCAGGCGCUAUCCAACGCCGUCCUAAGGAGGAAGGUCGGGUUGGUAUACGUCUUCUAUGGGCCGCACGGCACAGGGAAGACAUCAUGCGCGCGCGUCUUCGCCAAGGCGCUCAACUGCCACUCUGCCGAGCACCCGCGGCCCUGUGACUCGUGCAUUUCGUGCAUCGCGCACAAUGUUGGCAAAAGCAGGGAUGUGAUGGAGAUUGGGCCCGUAGGCAACAUCGACAUGGAUGGAAUUGUGGAUGUUCUUGACAAUGUCAUGCUUUCACCGGCACCAUCACACUAUAGGGUAUUCAUAUUUGAUGACUGCGACACAUUGCCAGCAGACACUUGGAGCAUCAUCUCCAAAGUCAUUGACCGGGCACCCCGCCGUGUGGUGUUUAUCCUUGUUGGUCCCAACCUGGACCUCCCUCAUAUCAUCCUGUCGAGAUGUCAGAAGUUUUUUUUCCCCAAGUUGAAGGAGUGUGACAUCGUCAACACAUUGCAGUGGAUUUCCACCAGUGAAACUCUAGAUGCGGAUAGGGAUGCAUUGAGGUUAAUUGCAUCCCGUUCAGAUGGAUCGUUGAGAGAUGCUGAGAUGACUCUUGAUCAGCUGAGUUUGUUGGGGCAAAGGAUUUCUCUGUCUCUUGUCCAAGAACUCGUUGGUUUGGUAUCCGAUGAUAAGCUGGUUGAUUUACUUGAUUUGGCACUAUCUGCUGACACUGUGAACACAGUGAAGACAUUACGAGACAUUACAGAAACUGGAGUUGAGCCUUUGGCACUGAUGUCUCAACUUGCCACGAUAAUUACUGACAUCCUGGCUGGUUCCUACAUAUUUGCAAGAGAAAGACCACGAAGAAAGUUCUUCAAACGUCCAACCUUGUCAAAAAAUGAUAUGGAGAAACUACGGCAGGCUUUGAAAACACUAUCAGAAGCUGAAAAGCAGUUGAGAGUCUCCAAUGACAAGGCAACAUGGCUGGCGGCUGCUCUGCUUCAGCUUGCUCCUGAUAAGCAGUAUAUGGUGCCAAGUUCAUCAACAAGUACGAGUUUCAACCACGGUGUAUUGGACGGUUCCCUUCCUGGAAAGGAUGUAGCAAGGCACUCAGCUAUUGAGCAUAAUGGUAACAUGGCAAGCACUUCUUACGGGGAAAGGAGAACCAUUAAACAUACAUCAAAUCACCAUGGUUCGUCCACUGUAACCAAAGUGAACGAGCAAUCCAAACAUAGCAAAACUGAAAAUGAAAUGAUCUGGCAAGCAGUGCUUGAGAGUAUUCAGUCAGAUACACUACGAAAAAUGAUGGCCAAAGAAGGAAAGCUAAGAUCUGUCAGCCUAGGAACCGCUUCUUUUCUUCCUACAGGACCGACAGUGCAAGUGAUAUUCAGCUCACGUGUAAAUAUGUCCAACGCUGAAAACUUCAGGGGACAAAUUAUGCAGGCGUUUGAGUCUGUUCUUCAUUCUGCUAUAAUACUUCAAAUCCGAUAUGAAUCAAAACAUGAUGCGGGAGCAGGUCAUGAUGAGAAUGACACUGACAUGAUAUCAAGGAGAUCCUUCAGUAAACAUAGUAGCCCGGUUUCUUCUGGAGGUGAAACCCUCGUCAGGAGGCUUAAAAAAGACAGGGUUGUCAAGGGAGCUAGUUCUACUAAGACCAAGUGGAUGCAAUCUGAUCCCCACAUAUUAACAGAAGGCGAGAUCAUUGAAGUUGGACCUUCUCACAUGCACCGGUAUCCUGAAACAGAUAAUGGUGUUCGUAAUAUGAAUGAAAGAAGAAAUGAUAAUGCAUGGGAAGAGGCUUUGUCAUCACCAAACCAAGAGGGUGUGAUGAAACAAGGAGGAAAAAAUGGGAAUAAACAGCGUCGACAGAACAGCAUAGUAAAACGAAAGCUCUCACUUGCUCAUGUUCUCAGUAAGGCGGAGGUUUGUUCCCAACGAGGAGGCUGGUCUAGACGAAAAGCUAUGUCAAUUGCAGAAAAACUGGAACAAGAGAAUUUGUAA